AUGGAUAAAUCGUGGGUCUGGUUACCAAGGAAUAGCCUUGAGUAUGAGAAAGGAGCUAGUGAAUUUGUGUCUUCUUCAUCAAGACGUUUAGGAGAUCCAGCUGAAAUGUUCUGCCCUUGUGUUGAUUGUCGCAAUGUCUGCCAUCAAGCUUGUGAGACAGUUUUGGAGCACCUGGUGAUUAGAGGAAUGGAUCAGAAGUACAAGAGUUGUGUGUUUUGGACAAAACACGGGGAGACAAGACCAGAUAAGUCAGCUGAUGUGUACUCAUCUGAAAAUGAGGCUUACGAGUUGUUCAGAACGACUUUCUUGGCAAGUGAAGGCAAUGAGACUGCUGAACAAGAGAAUGCAGGAGCGUUUGAGGGGCCUGACAGUCCAGAAGAGGCUGAGUUCAGAAAGAAGUUAGAGGAUGCAGAAACUCCGUUGUACCCGGAGUGUGAGAAAUUUUCAAAAGUUGCUGCAAUCAUGGGACUUUACAGGAUAAAGGUGAAGAGUGGGAUGUCUGAGAACUAUUUUGAUCAGCUACUAUCCUUGGUUCAUGACAUGCUUCCCGUUGAAAAUGUGCUACCUAAGUCUACUGAUGAGAUGAAGAAGUUUCUGAAACAGUUUGGUUUUGGCUACGACGUCAUCCACGCCUACAAGAAUGACUGUAUUUUAUAUAGAAAACAGUAUGAAGAUGCGGUCAGCUGUCCAAGAUGUAGUGAAUCAAGAUGGGAGAAGGAUAAGCAAUCUGGUGAGGAGAAGAAAGGGGUUCCUGCUAAGGUGCUUAGGUAUUUCCCGAUCAAAGACAGGUUCAGGAGAAUGUUUAGAUCAAAGCGGUUGGCUGAGGAGUUGUGUUGGCACUCCACUAAUGCUUCUGAAGAUGGAACUAUGCGACAUCCAGUGGAUUCGUUGACUUGGGUGCAGAUAAACAACAAAUGGCCGGAGUUCGCAGCUGAGGCAAGAAACCUAAGACUAGGUAUUUCAACCGAUGGCAUGAAUCCAUUCUCCAUCCAGAACACCAACCACAGCACAUGGCCUGUUCUCUUGGUCAACUACAAUAUGUCUCCAACGCAGUGUAUGAGGUCCGAGAACAUUAUGUUGACAAUGCUAAUUCCUGGCCCAACCGCACCUAGCAACAAUAUUGAUGUAUAUCUACAACCAUUGAUGGAAGACUUGCAGGAACUGUGGACAGAAGGUAUACAAGUUUAUGACGCCUUUAAGAAGGAGAGUUUCACUCUUAAAGCCAUGUUGCUGUGGAGUAUCACAGAUUACCCUGGUUUAGGAACUUUAGCUGGUUGUAAAGUGAAGGGCAAGCAAGCGUGUAAUGUCUGUGGGAAGGAUACACCACAUAGGUGGCUAAAGUUCAGUCGUAAACAUGUAUACAUGAAGAACAGGAGGCGGCUCAUUCCUAGUCAUCCAUACAGACGAAAGAAAGGAUGGUUUGACAAUACGGUUGAGGUUGGUUCUGCAAAGAGGAUUCAGAGCGGUUCAGAAAUAUUAGACAGUAUAAGGGACUUUAAAAACGAUUUUGGAAAACUCUUACCUAAGAAGAGUAAGAGAAAGAGGAGUGAAGGAGAUGAGGAUGAUGUUGUUUCAGCUGAGGAGUACGAAGAAGAUCAUGAUAUGUGGCGGUGGAAGAAAAAAUCUAUUUUCUUUGACUUACCUUAUUGGAAGGAUAUGCAUGUGAGGCAUAACAUCGACGUGAUGCACGUGGAGAAGAAUGUGAGCGAUGCCCUGUUGUCUAUUCUGAUGAAUAGUUGCAAAUCAAAGGAUGGCCUGAAAGCGAGAAAGGAUUUAGAAGAUAUGGGUAUUCGAAGCAGCUUACAUACACAAAAUCUGUUUCCGGUUGCGUUGAGAGGUUUACUCCCAAAAGGACCUCGGAUUGCAGUGAGUCGUAUGUGCAAUUACUUCAACAGAAUCUGUCAACGCGUUCUUGAUCCUGAGAAGCUACUUGCUCUAGAAACAGAGAUUGUGGAGACAAUGUGCCAGUUAGAGAGAUUCUUUCCACCUUCAUUGUUUGAUAUCAUGUUCCACCUUCCACUGCAUCUGGCGAGAGAAGCACGAUUGGGUGGCCCUGUACACUUCAGGUGGAUGUAUCCAUUUGAGAGGUAUAUGAAGACACUGAAAGCUUUUGUGAAGAAUUUUGCAAGACCUAAAGCUUGUAUGGCAGAGGGUUAUCUAGCUGGUGAAUGUCUUGCAUUUUGUAUGGAGUUCUUACAGAAAUCGGUACCAGUUGAGGAACCAAUGACAAGAAAUGAAGAUUUAGAGGCACAUGAUAAUGUACUUGAAGGGCGCCCUUUGCAAAAAGCUACAGAAGUGAAACUUACUGAUAAGGAGAGAGAUGUAGCUCAUCGUUAUGUCCUCAUGAAUACUGCAAUGAUGGAUCCUUAUGUUCAGAUGCAUUUAGAGGAACUUCAAGCAAAAGAUGGAAGAUGUGCAAGAAAUGGUACCAUAUUAUGGAAAACUCAUACAGAAAGGUUUUCGACAUGGAUAAAAGAUAAGAUACCAAAUAACUCAAAGGAUCAUUCUCAGCGGCUCAGAUGGCUUGCGUUUGGACCAAGGAAUGUCGCACACACCUACAAGGGAUAUAUAGUUAAUGGACAUCGAUACCAGACAGACGAUGUCAAAAGGAAGACUCAGAACUGUGGGGUUUCAAAUGAAGCAUUCUCCAUGUGCAGAGCUAGUGCGAAAGAUUCUAAUCAAAUGGCGGACAUGGUAGCAUACUAUGGAGUCAUAAAGGAGAUCAUAUUGCUUGAUUACCACAUGUUUCAGGUGCCUCUGUUUAAGUGUAGUUGGGCACAUAAAGGGAAAGGUGUUAAAGAGGAAGACGGUUUUACACUUGUGAAUCUCCACACGAACCAGUCAGCAUUUGUUAAUGAUCCAUACAUUCUGCCUUCUCAAGCUAAACAAUUUUUUACUCAAGAGAGGAUGACAGCUCUCCUUGGUAAACUGAUACAAUGA